AUGAAAAUUUUUGAGAAAAAAAUACUGAUAAACGAGCAGGUGUAAAUUUUUAAUUAGACAUUUAUUUAGCUGUAUAUAUAUCUUAGCAACUAUAGAGCUUAAUUAAUUUUGUGUUUUUAGGAAAAAAUUAAUAAUUCUUUUUCACCUCAAAGAUAUUAACAAGAAAGAAUAUUGCUGAAGAAGUUAUUGAAAACGUAGUAAAUCAUAUUGAAAAACAUUUUUAAAAGUAUUUUAGAGCUUAAAUUUAUUGAAAUUAAUUCUUUAAUAAGAAAUCAAAUUAGUAGCAUAAACUUUUAUUUUAAGUGA